CCCAAGCGAGGGAGGUCGCUGCAAAGGAAGACGGCUGUGCAAAGUCGAGGGGGGACAGCGGUUGUAGCGGUCAUGAGUGGGUCACUUUGCCGGCUGCCCGCAGCCUUGAGGUUGGCGGGACUCUCACGGCCCUGGGGGUAUUUUGUGCGGCUGCUGAGUCAGGCGGAGUCGAGCUCCGGUGGCGAGGGCGGUGGGUCGAAGCAGGCGGUGGAGCGGCUGGUGCGCGCACACCCCAUAGUGGUGUUCAUGAAGGGCAGCCCGGCCCAGCCCCAGUGCGGCUUCAGUAACGCGGUGGUGCAGAUCCUGCGUCUUCAUGGCGUUAAUGAUUAUCGCGCCUACGACGUCCUUCAGGACCCCGACCUCCGGCAAGGCAUUAAAAAUUAUUCCAACUGGCCUACUAUUCCUCAAGUCUACCUCAAUGGUGAAUUCGUGGGAGGCUGUGACAUACUACUCCAGAUGCAUCAAAGUGGAGACCUAGUGGAAGAGCUUAAGAAAUUAGGAAUUCAAUCUGCACUUCUGGAAUCAGAGAAAGACCAUGGCAAAAAAUAAAGAAGCUAGUGUGACUUUGACAAAGACACCUUUUGAUAAUUGGUACCAGAAAGGCCUUCUGUACUUUAGUUCAAAAAGCCAGGGUUUUGAAUUAAUGAUGUUUAUCAUUAAGCAUUAUGUUAUCUGUUGCACAGUAUGAUAGACUGAUGUAUGAAUAUUCUGUCAUGAAUUUUUUUUACUUUUGCAAAAUAUUUGCAUUACAGUACUAUCAAAGUAAAAAAAGCAAUUCACUUCUGUUUUGCACUGCUUUGUAUUUGAUUAAGUUAGAUGAAAAUUGAUCAACACUUUUAGUUAUCUUCAUGCUAAUAAUUUAUUCCAGAAUAGUUUGGGAUUAUUUGUCUUUUUUUUUUAUUUUCUUUAUGAAACAUCUUGAGUUAGUCCUGCAUUGUGGACCUUGGGAUGUUUAACUGCACUUCUUCCACAUUGCAGACAAUCUGACUUCUUUGCAGAUGUACGUGAUGCUAGUGUUCUUCCAACUUUUUUAAGAAACAGGUUUUGGCAUAUACAUGUUGAUUCUUUGGGAAGCUAUACUAUCAUCACCAUUUUCCUUUAUUUUAGCAUAAUUAUUCAUAUAAAUGGUAUUGAUGUUGUUCGUAUUAAAAGAUCUAUACUAAAAGUUGACACCAGUAUUUCAAUUGAGGGGAAAACAGGCAAUUUGUAAAGAUUUCCAAAAGCAUCUAAAGAGGUAAGAGUACAGGCUCCCGUCCUUCAUAAACAUUUGAGUUUAACAUUUUCCCCCUCUCACUACUUUUAACUGGUAGGCUGGUGGUUGUAGACUCUUUCCUGUGUAUGAUCCUGGCUACUGGUGAGGGCUGUAGAUUACCAGUUUAUUUUGACAAUAAAAUUUUAAUAUUUAGUUUUUAAAAACAGUUUUGAAAGUAGUGUUAAUGUGCUAAAAUUAAUAUUAAGAGGGAAGCAGUUAAAGAUGUUAAAGAUAGAAGUAGAGAAAAGUAAGUUCUUCAAACAACUUCAAAAACUUUGAAGUUUUUGCUAGCUUUAGGAAAGUGAAGUGGGAAGGGGAAGAAAUGUUUAAAGCUGAUUUGCAUUCCAGGAGAAGGAGUAGCAGGGAGAUACUAAUGCAUAGUUUGUCCAUUUCAGUAGUGCUUUCUGUGUUCAUUCCUUUGAUUUGGAAGAGAUAAGAAACAUAGAUGAGCUGAAAUAAAUAAACUCAAGAUAGUGGUACAAGCUUGUAGAUUAUUCCACUGUUCUUAUUCCAACUUUCUCUAGUCUGCUUAAAAGUCCAACAGUGCUACCAGAAGAAUAGCUCCUAUUGAACUCAGUGGGAUUUUCCCCUGAGUAAACACAUGAACAGGGAUUAUGGCUAUUAAUGCCUCAUCCUCAUUGAUAUAUUCUUGGGAACAAGAAUUAAAAAUAUAACUAAUAGUGAGAAAGUGUUGAUUGGAAAUGCUUCACUUAUUCUUUUAAUGUGGAAAAUAGUGUUUGAUACACACACAUACACAUGUGCUUGGGACAUAGUAUUUGGAACUUGUGUCUCUUAGAGCAAAUACUUUUAAUUGUGUAGGGCUUUUAUUGCAAUAAUCAGCCUAUGUUUAUGUGUAUACAAUAACACUAGUAUUAUCUUAAAAUAUUAACUUUUUAAUUUUUUAUCUUAAUAAGCAAGUAACAAACAUUAUUUUGUUGCCCAGAUGUUUUAAUGGGAUUUGGGAUAUUGUUGACAGGUUUUGAAGUAAAAGCUUCUAUCCAAAAGACUGCCUCAGAUAAUCACAUUUACUUUUUGUUUUAUUUUGAAUUUAAAAUAAGAUAGAGGAUUCAUUUUGGAAUCAAACAUGUUGUACCUCUGAACUUUUAUAUCAGCACACAAACCUGCUGGAUGCUCAUUGCAAAACUUUUUAGUUUUAAGAUUUUGAAAUAUUUUGUGACAAAGACACAUAGAGACCUGUUUUCAAAAGCAUUCGAUAAUUCCUGUUUUGCAUAAAUUAACAUCUUCAGUCCACAUUGUUUUAUGUUACAGGCUAAAAAAAUUGAAGAAAUAAUAAUCAUUGGAAUGACAUUUUGAAAACAUUUUUAUACUAGAUUUCUUUGUAUCUAUAGUAGAAAAAUAUAUUAGUUUUUAGUAUACAGUGCAACUAUAGCAAAAGGCCUGUGCAUUUAUGUUCCUUAUACAUUGUAUAUGUAUAAGCAGUGUAAAAUAUACCCAGAUUAUCUGAAAAACGGAUAUUUUGUGAUCUAUGAUUAUAUCUAUCUUCCUUUGCUAUAAAGGGUAUAUAAAUAGAUACUUUUUUCAUUCUUCAAUAUAAUGAGAUGAUUUGAUUCAAAACAGUAAUGGGCUAACUGAAGUCUUUCAGACUGGAAUUUUAUAUGUUUUAUGCACUGCAUUUGUUCUUAGUCAAGUGUCCAUGAAGCAAUAUGUAGAAACUACUAUCAGUGUUUCUUUUAUAUGUUCCUUUUGAGCUAUCUAAGAGUUUUGGUGUGCAGUAAUUCUGCAAGAACUAUGAUGUUUGGUGCAAAAUUAAUAUUUCUGAUACACACGCAUACAUAUACACACACAAACAUACAUACAUGUUUAGCUUUUCUGACUAAAGACAAGGUGUGGGAUAAAGCUUGCUGAAAUCUCAGAAGCCAGACAGAUGGCUCAACAUGAUUUACAGUGUUAGGAAUGGGGAAGGAAAAGCUAUUUUGCUUUAUAAUUAGAAAAGAGAUAGAUCUUGCUUGCUUGUUUGCUUGCUUCUAUAUGGAGUAUAAAAAAAUGUCUUCUGAGAUGGAAUUUGGAUUCAGCUCUUUUUUACCAGAGGCUGUACAUAGCCCUUAAUUUGCCCCCACACACACACUUUUUUAGGUUCCCAUUAAAUUUGAACAUUGUGAUUGA